AUGACGGAGCAGCGUGUGUUUGAGGCGCGCGAACAUGCGGACUACACAGAACGGUUCGACCGGGCCGAGUUUGACGUGAAGCGGUACCGGGUGACGUGGACCAAGACGGAUCGGUUCAAGAUGGGGCGCAAGGUGGGACAGGGUCACUUUGGCGAGGUGUUUGAGGCCAAGGACACGCAACGCAAGUCCAAAAAGGUGGUGGCCAAGAUGCUCAAGGAUACAAGGAAGCAGAAAGCCAAGCUUCGACAGGAGAUCAAGAUGCUGGAGUAUGUACGCGGCGGGCCAAACAUUGUACAGUUGCAGGACACGGUGAAGGACCUCAACACGGGCAACAAGCUGCUCAUCUUUGAGAAGAUCAACUACGUCAAGUGCCGCGACCUGUUUCCGCAGCUGGACAACGAGGAAGUGCGGUACUACGCGUACGAGCUGCUGCGUGCGAUUGCGUACACGCACUCGAUCGGAGUCAUGCACCGCGACAUCAAGCCGUCGAACAUCCUCAUCGACCCGCGCAAGCGCAAGCUCCGGCUCAUCGACUGGGGCAAGAACAUCCGCGGGCCAGGUACGCGGUGCUACAAGUCGCCCGAGCUCAGCUUGCGGUACGAGUACUACGACUACUCAUGCGACAUGUGGGCCUUUGGCUGCACCUUUGGCUCCAUGAUCUUCCUCGAGCACCCGCUCAUCCGCGGCAAGGGCUCGUGGUUCAACCAGCUGCUGGCCACGGUCAAGAUUGUGGGCUCGGACGAGCUCUUUACCUACAUGCGCAAAAUCAACGUGGUGCUCGACGACGACCAGAUGGCGGCGCUGUCGGGGUAUCCAAAGAAAAAGUGGGAGUCGUUCAUCGACGACGAUAAUCGGCACCGGGUGACUCCUGAGGCCAUCGACCUCAUUGCCAACUGCGUGCUCACCGACCACGUCCGCCGCUUCACCGCCACCGAGGCCAUGGCCCACCCUUACUUUGACGCCGUCCGCCCCUCGUCGUCGUCGGCCUCCUCGUCACGCACCCACCGCCACAGCAAGCGCAACGCCGCAGACUCGGCAGGCUCGAGCUCGGACUCGGGUCGCGGCGGCCCGGCCAAGCCGGACGUGGCCUCGGGCUCGUACUCGUACUACUACGAGAGCACCUACCAGUACGUCUCCUACACCGGCUCGUCGUCGUCAUCGGACGACGCUCCCAAGGCCCGCACCGGCAAGAGCUCGCGCGCCGGGAGCUCGCGCGCCAGCAGCUCGCGCCCUAGCAAGUCUGCCUCCAAGGCAGCGAGCAAGGCCUCAAAGUCCCGCCGCAGGUAA